ACAGGCGCAGUGUGAAUUGUCAUCCACCACAAUAAAUAAUGUCGUAAUUAAACAAAUUUAACAUUAAAGUUUAAGGUUUUUGUGCAAUGUUUAGUGCAAACAAGGGAAGAAGGGAGUUUCACCAUUAUAUCGCCUUAAAGUGAACACCGAACAAAAGAUAUGGAUUGUGACCAAGCAGCAGAUCUCCCACAUAGUCAAGUGGAAGAUUUCAUAAAGCAAAAAUCUACAUUUGAUUUGUGCAAGCAAGAUAACCCAAUGAUUUCUAGCAUGGUCUCGCUGGCGUCAAGUUUAACAUCCCCUGUAGAUUCGGGUGUCCAACUUUUAGACAGUGAAAGCGAAAUCACAUCCUUAAUGUCAAUGAGCGGUUUUGUCUGCGAUAGUGACACAGGAAUUAACAUGGACGAAGAAAACGAGAAACAAAAACAUGCGAAAACAAUUAAAAAAGAAAACUUGGAUCUUGAACAAGAAGCUCCUAAAGCUAGACCAGUUUUUAUGACGAUGAGUGAUAUAGAUAACCAUAAUGUAAGCGAAUCUGACACCUCUCCGGCUGUACUUCCUAUCGGCUUUGCUGCAAAUCCACAUCAAAUCAACUUGUAUUCAGACUCAAAAUCGUCUCCUAAAUAUAGCAAACCUUUACAACGUGUCUUACGUCCUCAAUCUGAGACAGUGGAUGAUGUUUUUGAACUAGAGCCUAUAAUUAACGAUAAACAAGAGAAUUGCAAAUUGGAAAACGACGAUCUAAUGAACGUCUCUUUAAACAGUUACGAACUUUUGGAUUACACAUCGCAAAAUGCCAAAUCAGAUAAUGAAAUGCACGUCAGCAUGUCCGAGGAAGUCAAUGAAUCUCUAAAAGUAGAGCGACAAGAACACAAUUUGGAAAUAUCCGUAGAAAAUCCUCUUCCCGAUGAUCAGAUAGUAUACAGACGUCAACGGCGAAAAAAAUCAAAAUCAGAUACACCUAAGAAACGAGUUUCUUUUCACGAAGACAUAUUAAAUAGCACCAAAAUAGAUGACAUCCACAUCAAUCACGGUUUCAUCACUCACGAAUUUGAUAUGUCGAUGAGCUUCUUCGAAAGAGGUUUCACUCGUAAGCCGGAUGUCGUAAAGGGCCGCUACAGUUGGGCCGCGGAAGGCGACACGCCCUACUACCACAGCAAUGUUCCAGAAAGGGAGGUCAAGUCGGACAUUUACAUUCACCACGCUCGAUUUUCGUCUUCGUCGUCGAGUUCCAGCGCGAGUAUCUCCAGUUCCAUCGACGAGGAAGACACCGGCUAUUCGAAUUCGACGUCCGACGAUGGGAACGUUAAAAGGGAUCCUCCCACGCAAAAAUUGCCCAAAUCGAGCUGCCUGAAGAAAACCAAAGCUAAGCAUAUCGAUACGAACAUUGUACAGGAGGAAGUCACGCUACGUAAGAAAAAGUCUGAGACGAAUUUGCUUGAUUCGAACAUAUUCGGCAGCUUGAAGAAUAUGUUUAGUUUCUCUACAUCGGUUCCGUUGGCGGAAAGAGGCGUACCGGAAGGGCAGGAGGACGUUUCGAUAUAUUCUACUUCUGAUAUUCCAAGUCAAAGACAAAGAAAAUACUCAAGCUCCGAACACUCGACCAAAAGUUUUGAUGGUUACGAAGUACAACCUGCUCCUGUAAAAAAAAUCGGAAACUUAAAUUUAGAAUUUGCGAAAACUAAUUUGAAACUAACUAAAAGUGAGGGAUUUUACCCAAAUUAUCCGAGCAAUCAAACCUUAUCCUCAAAUAUAAUUAUAUGUGAUAGUAACGUUUAUGAACACAAAGGAAUUAGCUAUUCCUACGAAUAUGAAAAAUUUCAGAAAACCUUUGAACAGCAAACAAAGCCGAAAAGCUCUACCGUCUACCAGAUGUUGCUUAAUGAACUUAACUUUUUUAAGCGUCGUGAGAAAAAGGCCAUCGAAAAGGAAGCGAAAGAAAAUUUUGAUGUUUUAAAUGCAUCUACGCCCAUCAAAGAAGAGAUUUUAGAAGAUAAGCCUGUUAAUUCCAAUUUGGGUAGCAUUAAGAAAUAUGCCUCGUCCGCAACAAUCGAUUUUUCAGACAGUGAUACAACUUGGGAUUAUAACGAAUCGGGCCACACGAGACAUUUAAAUUCUCCAAAAAAGAAGGCCAACAAAGGCUACUCGUCACAUUCUCUAAAAGCCGAUACUUCCGACGAUCGGUCUGAUAUCGACGUUAGCGUUUCAAAAUCUUUGCAAAACAUGAGGCCAUCUUCUUCAAAAUCUUCUCUGAUUAAUCGAUUUUUGCGUAACGUAACCAUGAAAAAGGUGAUGGAUCUGAAAUUGCAAAGGAAGCAGAAAUCUUCUCGGAAUUAUUUCAAACUGUAUGUGCCGGGCGCUAAAGCCAAUCCGAUCGGAAGUAAACAGCUUGACCUGCAAAUUGAAAAGGAAAUUAUUGCCGGACGAAAAAAGAACAUUUCCCGAGGGGAGAACGAUACGUAUUUGUAUCGAUUUAAGAAUGAAAUUUUUCGGAAUUAUUCAGAAGAACUUAUUAAGGUAUUUCCAGUGUACAGCGCAUACACAACCAGCGGUGAAAACAAGCCUUUAAUAGCCAUAUUAAGCAGCACAACAUUAUACAUAACGGGUGUUAAACACAAUAAUUCGUACUGUAACUUUUUUGUAUUACCGUAUACCGAACUGAAUACAAUACUAAUCGGUCCGAAUGCUCAAACCAUACAUCUUUCAAAUUACGACAAUGACAUGCAAUGUAUUGUAACUACAGGCAGCGAAACUUUGACCAAUGAGCUUAUUGGACAGUUAGAAAUGGCCAUGCGGAAAGAUAUUAAUAAACCAAGAUUGCCGGCCGUUAAGCAGUUGUCUAUGAGAGACAUGGUAAAUCUUAGACGAUCAAUUUGUAGACAAACAACCGUGUUGGAGGAGGAAGAAUAUUUUCAUUACAGCAUUAUCAAUAUCCAAGAUUACAACGUGGAUAUUUGUGAAACACCUCUCGGACCUACUAAGGAAGGUCCUCUAAUGUUUAAAAUGGCGGAGUCUGACACCAGAUGGGAAACCGCCUAUUUCAUCUUGAAGGCGGGUAUAUUGUAUAUGCUUUCGUCUCCGUCACACAGACUCCCAAUGCGAGUAUUACCGCUUAUUAAUGGAGCUUGUCAAGGUGCUUGGAGGAUUUACAACUGUAGUAGACCUCACACGUUUCAAGUGCAAGUGGGACUGACAACUUUACAUUUGGCAGCACCCGAUGAGUAUGUCGCGAGCGAAUGGUUGCAAGCCUUAGUCCACGCAGCUAGUAAAACAUAUAAUCAUCGAGAAAAGCUUCCAGCCCAAUCAUGUUCCUUAUUAAUGACGAGCGAUCAUAUUUUAUCAGUAAGAGAGGCCUUUCCAUGUACAUUAAAUUCUUCGUUGUCUUUACGUGAUGCCCAUAUACCAAUUAAGGGUGCGCAGGCUUUAUCUUGUGCUGCUAUCGCCGAUAUUACUGCGUUCAGGUUACCGUGCGCCGAGCAGAGCUGGUGUAUUUUGGAGUUCUCCUGUCGAGAGGUGCACGAAAGUAGUGGAGAUUGGAUUCUGUAUUUUACAACAAAUACGGAAUUAGAAAAGUUUAUUUCCACUUUAGAAAUGUUGUGGGCUUACCAUAAUGAUAAGGGCGAGAGUUUCCCAUUAAGUACAAUACCCGAAACGGAUCCUAUAAACAGGAAAUGUGUCGAUACCUACAACAUGAUCAAAAAUACUUGGCUGUCUUUGCAAAUAAAUCUGCAACCGUUUGAAGAUUAGUAUUAAACCGGGCUUUAAUAGUAUUACAAAAUUCCAAUAUUGUCGAACGGCAGGUGAAUUUAUAUUUUUUUAAUUGGAUUUUUUACAUUGCCUUUCUAAAUAAGUAUAGUUGUUCAGUGUGAUAUUUUACACCAUAAAUUAAAAUUAAUGAAACUCGCGUGUGUAAAAUCAUUAAUUUUAAUGUAGGGCAAUUUUUUACCUAUUUAUUUUUUUGAUUGCCGUUAAUAAUUUGUAUAUAAGGUGUUUUAGAUGAAGUUAUGUUUCUGGAAUGUUUUUUUUUUAGUAAGAUACGUCCAGAAUCUGUUAAGUUUUCGUUGUGGAUGUCUGGUAGCCUCAUAGUUUUCUAAAUAGUGUUUACAUUCGUUGAUUGGUGUAAAAUCAAAGAAAUAUUUUUUCUUGUAGUAUUAGAGAAAACAUGCUCAUUAACAUCGUCCUAUUUUGGAUGGGUGAUGUACGUCACAAGGCUUUUAAUUUUUUAAUCACAUUUAUCAAGAAAUAGGUAAGUAAUUUAAUAAUUUAGCACAUUUCAGAUUACGUUUAGGUUUUAUGAUGUGCAAUUUGCCAAUUGUGAGAAAACUAUGAUUCUAAGUGACACUCAGCUUUAAAUUAUUUUGUGAUAAAUUUAAAAAAUACUAGUCAUUUACAUAUUACUGAAUACUCAAUAAUGUGAUAGAAAUAAAAAAAAUGUAGUUUAUGUACCUAUGUAUUACUAAAUAAAUAAUGUUAAGAUAUAA